AUCAACCUCAAAUACAAAUGCAGUACAUCAACACAAAGAAAUUAAAACAACCAUGGCGAAAGUCUUGGGAGAAAACAGAUCAGGAUCGGAGGGAGGGAUCCCACCCACGGGAUCAAGCUCCAACCUUUCCUUCACCACCCUCCCCAAAACUUCCUCUGAUCAGAAAGUUUACCUAAGACAACAAAAACCAAGGAAAUGCACAAUCUCCUCCGGUGAUCUCCUUUCUUUUGCUAUUACCUCCGGCGAUCCCAAACUCAGACCAAAAAGAACAACCAAGAGAGCCCCCUUUCCUAACCUAAAAUUCUCUAUUUGUACCCGGGCAGAGAUCCUCCUUUUUUUUUUUUUUUUUUGUCUUUUUGUUCAGGGCUUCUGGAGUGACAGAGCAGGUAUGUAGGCGCGCAGGAUUGGCAGCAACAUGCAGGGGGCUGCAAAAGGCGGGGGGCGCGCAGCAAGCAAAGGAUCCGGCUUUUUGGCAGAAGCAGGAGUGCAGGAUCAAGUGCAGGCGUAGCAGAGUGCAAGGCACGGGCGUGCAGGGGCGCAGGCGUGCAGCAGCAGGGGGGUGUAGGCGUGCAGCAGCAGGGGCAUGAUUGCCGAUGAUGGCUGGUGCAGAGUGCAGGCGAUCUGGUGCAGAGCAAGGAGAUCUGGUGCAGAGAAAGGGAGCUGAUGCAGAGCAAGGCUGGUGUAGGAAGCAAGGCCGGGCGCAGGGGCUAGGGGCUUUGGUUCGGGAAACAAGGCUGGGCACAGGAGCUAGGGGUGCAGGAGCUAGGGGCGCUGGUUCGUGCAGAGGGGCUGGGUGCGGUGCAGAGGAGGCCAUUAAUGACAAUUCUCGAGCUAUUCGAGAAGAAAUAGCAGAAAGUCGUAGAACCUUCACUGCAGUUUCUGAGAGAACCAUAGAACAUGUUCGACAGCAACAAAAUGUUCCAAGGCAACCCGUACCUCCAGCAAUGGAAUUACCACAGCAAAAUCUUCUAGAUCCUUUGCUUGGGGGGCAUGGAGGGCAUAUUAAUCAGCCACAGGUGGUGCAACAGAUGCCCAAUGCUCAAAAUAAUGCUCUUGGUGCAAUCCAAGUGCAGUUCAAUAGGCAGCAGCAAAACAAUCCUGCUGGUGGUAUCCUUGGACCACAAGAUCCUAUGGAAGCAGCAUUCCAUGUAGCUGAGCAACUCAACACUAAUCAACAAAGAUAUGUACCUUAUGCACGUCGUCCAAAUGCAGCCCCACAACCUAACUUUCAGAAUAAUGCUUUUCAACCAUUAGGGCUGCAAGCAGCACCCCCUCCCUUGGAUAGAAAUCAACUGAUUAAUCUAGUCCACGAGACAUAUGGUCCAGCUUUAAGACCAUUGGUUCGUCCUUUCUACCACAAGUCGUAUCCAGAUUACAUAGAUCGGGAUAAUCCAUUUCCUCGUGGAUUCAAAGUGCCUGAAUUUACUUUGUUUUCUGGGGACAUGAGUCAGUCAACCAUUGAACACAUUGGUAGGUUCACUAUUCAAUGUGGGGAGGCAUUAGGUGAUGAUUUUUUGAAGUUGAGACUCUUCCCAAGUUCUUUAACGGAGCCUAAGAUAUCCAUGGCUGAUCUUUCUAGAUUAACUCAACGACCAGGGGAAUCUUUUGAAAAUUAUCUUAUGCGGUUUAGAAAAGCCUGGAUGAAGUGUCAUGUUGCCUUACCAGAGCCAGAGUUCGUGAAGUUUGCUCAGAAUGGUUUAGACAUUGAACUUCGAAAGAAGUUUGAGGGGAUGGAAUUCAGAGACUUCUUUGAGCUCUCUUAUAAGGUGGCACAUUAUGAGAACCUUUUAAGAGAGGAAUCCCAAAGAAAGGCAGCAUCGCAAGGAACUUAUUAUCAGGAUGCUUUUGACCUUGAUGUUGCCAAGGACAUAUUAAGCUGCCACAAGGGCAUAAGCUCCCGACGGUUGCUGAAAUUGCAUCCAAAGAUUUCUGACAAGAUUGACAAAGGGCUGCUUCGUUUCCUUGAAAAACACAAGGAAGCCAUAGGGGUUGAUGACAAUCUUUUUCCGAACGUUGAUGUUGGAGUUAAUGUUGCUGACAUAAGGAGCAUCUCUCGAAGGACGUAUAAAGGGCGAACUUUGGCUGCAGAUGACCUUCGUUGGGUGAUUAAGAAGGAAAGGGAACGUCGUGCCCAACAGAAUCAAAGGCUCGGGGGGCAACACCAUGCUGCCAGAAUCUAUGCAUCCAGAUCCAGCAUGAAGGAGGCUCGACAUACAGAUCGCUCUCGUAUGCGAAAGCGAGCAGAGGCACGUCGUCGUCAACAAUUAGCUACUGAGGAAGUUAAGGUUCCACAACGUUCUCCUGCAAAGGGAAAUAUGGUGUGGAAGAGAAAAGAGAGUCAAGAGGCAACUUUUGAAGCAGAUCAGCAAGCAAAGUUGACUAGCGAUGAUAAUCUUCUUCAGGACAUGGAUGUUUUGCAGAUCAGCGACAUCUUUAUUAAUCUCUCUUGUUUGGUUCUCACACUUCCUUUGGUUUUUCAAGCCAAGGGCAGCGAGACUACCCAUGUUUCCAAGGACAGCAUGUUUGUUGAAGAAGAAGUGAUAGAGGUUCCAGCCCAAAAAGAGGAAGAGGAGCAUGAUAUACUUUCAGAACAAAUUAUCUUUAACAAACCAGAUGAAAGUGUGGCUCGUCAUAUAAAGCCACUCUACAUUUCAGCUCACUUGGAUGGAGUUCCAGUGAAUCGAGUCCUUGUUGACAAUGGAGCAACAGUCAAUGUCAUAUCUUCUUUUAUGCUGAGGAAUUUGGGUAAAAAUUCCGAGGACUUGGUUUAUACUGACAUAACCAUCAGUGAUUUCACAGGUGGUGUUUGCAAAUCAAAAGGAGUGCUGCCAGUUGCACUUACUGUUGGCAGCAAGACGUCAAUGAGUGAUUUCUUUGUUGUAGACUCUUCUGCAACUUAUAAUGCAUUACUGGGACGUGAUUGGAUCCAUUCGAAUUGGUGUGUUCCAUCUACUCUCCAUCAAAGACUCAUUUUUUGGAAUGGAGGCAAAACUGAGGUGGUUUAUGCUAACAACAGACCAUUCUUAGCCAAUUCCAAUAUGGUGGAAGCACGAUACUAUGAUGAAGACAUAGGAACCAUCCGUUUCUUCAGCAUGGAUAGACAAGGAAGACCUCGUGGAAUCACUGUUUGCAACAAGCCUACUUCGGCUAAGUAUAUGGUUGACGAGGUAUGCAAUGAAUUGUUGCGGCCUACUGCCAUUAUUCCAUAUAGGCCGCAAGAGGAGCCCAAAAUUGAGGAAAAUACAGAAGCAAAUCUGUCAGAGGUGGUACAUGAAGGUGAGGAGGACACCCAUACUGACAGAGUCACAAUGGAAGAGCUAGAUCUAGCCCUUGCGAAGCUGGAUGACCUCAGGGCCGAUGUACAAGAUCCAUUGAAGGAAGUCAAUCUAGGAACGGAGGCAGAGCCACAUAUUACUUUUGUCAGUGUCUUGCUACCGCCAGAGAUGCGAGAUAAAAUAAUAUGUUUACUACAUGAAUUCAAAGACUACUUUGCUUGGGAUUAUUCUGAGAUGCCAGGUUUAAAUCGAGAGUUGGUAAAGCAUAGACUACCAAUCAACAAAGGAUAUAAGCCGUACAAACAGCCGCCACGUCGUAUGUCUCCAGAAGUGAUUUUGAAGGUGAAGGAAGAAGUGGAGCGGCUGCAUAAAGUUGGUUUUAUAAGGACAACCAGGUACUCAGAAUGGUUGUCUAAUAUUGUUCCAGUAGUGAAGAAGAAUGGAAAGCUCAGAGUUUGCAUUGAUUUUUGGAACUUAAAUCUAGCCACACCAAAGGAUGAAUACCCCAUGCCAGUAGCAGAUUUACUUGUUGAUGGGGUUGCACGCCAUCGCAUUUUAUCUUUUAUGGAUGGGCAUAGUGGCUAUAAUCAGGUCUUUAUUGCAGAGGAAGACAUAAGUAAAACGACGUUUCGUUGCCCUAGAAACAUAGAUUUUAAAUGGGAGAGGCAGCACCAAGCCGCCUUUGAUGCCAUCAAGGAAUACUUGUCCAAGCCACCUGUGUUGGUUCCUCGAGUUAAGAAUAAACCCUUAUUGCUGUAUAUAUCCGUCGUAGAUAAGUCAAUUGGCUGUCUGCUGGCACAAGAGAAUAAUAAUAAACAAGAACAAGCUGUUUAUUAUUUGAGUAGAGCUUUGAAUCCGACCGAAGUGAAAUAUUCUUCGGUUGAGAAAUUGUGUUUGGCUUUGUUCUUUGCAGCAAUAAAAUUGAGGUAUUAUUUAUUGUAUUCGGAGGUGUUUGUUGUUUCAAAAACUGAUGUCAUAAAAUACAUGCUGUCGUGGCCACUCUUAAGAGGCCGCAUUGGUAAGUGGAUUCUUGCACUUGCUGAAUUUAAUCUGAGAUAUUUGCCUCAAAAGGCCGUCAAAGGACAGGUUUUAGCAGACUUUUUAGCAGAUCAUCCUUGUUUAGAUGUUAACGCUGAUGAAGACAAGGGAAUCAAUCUCUUUUCGAUUGACUUGGUUCCUUGGAGGCUUAUUUUUGAUGGGUCUAGCACUGAUCAAGCCUUCGGAGCUGGAAUUAUUAUUGUUCCAUCAGUUGAAAUUGUGGGUGAUUCUCAAUUAGUUCUCAAGCAAUUGAGUGGCGAAUACAAGUGUACAAGCGUGGUUUUGUCUCCAUAUUUUGCCACUGCCAUCCAACUACUGGAGGAAUUUGAUGAUGUCUCCCUAAAGCAUAUUCCUCGCAACAUGAAUAUUGAAGCAAAUGAACUUGCGCAGAUUGCUUCAGGUGUAAAAAUGCCUGAAGGCAUCUUGGAGAAAGUCAUCAUCAUUGAAAAACAUAUGCUGCCUUCAAUUCAUCAAAGAGGAAUAACGGUGGAAGCAUGCUCACUAGAUGUCACACCUACAGAUUGGAGGCAUCCAAUGACAAAACAGUUGAGGAAUCCCAGUUCUAAAACAUCAAGGAGAAUGAGGAUGCAAGCUUUAAACUAUGUGCUACUCGGGGAUGUUCUGUAUCGUAGGGGGCAGGAUGAAUUAUUAUUACGCUACCUCAAUCUUGAUGAAAGUUGCCAUGUGAUGUCAGAUGUUCAUAAUGGUAUUUGCAGUGCUCAUCAGGCAGGGGUUAAGAUGAGAUGGCUAAUUCGAAGGCAUGGUUUCUUUUGGCCAUCUAUUCUUAAGGAUUGCAUCAAUUAUGCGAAGGGCUACAGAGCUUGUCAGCUGCAUGGUCCUUUGCAACGAGCGCCAGCUUCGGAGUUACAUCCUAUUGUCAAGCCAUGGCCUUUUCGUGGCUGGGCAAUUGAUUUGAUUGGGAAAAUUUAUCCACCUUCUUCUAAAGGUCAUUCUUUCAUAAUAGUUGCUAUAGACUACUUUACUAAGUGGGUGGAGGCAAGGCCUAUGAAGAAGGCAUACAGAACCUCACAACGGAGUUCAACUAAGGUGACCCCAUUCUCGCUUACUUAUGGUCAUGAUACUGUCUUGCCUAUGGAAUUAACGGCAAGGUCUCUGCGGAUUGCAAUUCGGAUUGCAAUUCAAAAUGGCUUGAAUUCUGGGGAAUACAAUGAGGCCAUGAUCAUGGAGUUGGAAGACCUUGAGGAAGCAAGGCUGACAGCAUUGGAUGUGAUAAAGGCCCAAAAGCUUAAAGUGGCACGAGCUUACAACAAAAGGGUCAAGCAAAAGAAUUUAGCAGAAGGAAGCUUGGUUUGGAAGGCUGUGCUGCCGCUUGGCAAGAAGGAUCCCAGAUAUGGUAAGUGGUCCCCUAAUUGGGAAGGACCAUUCCAAAUUCAUAAAGUUCUUAAAAGGGGUGCUUAUUGGUUAAAAUCUUUGAAUGGGGAGUUGCAUCCUCGCAAGAUCAAUGGCAUCUACUUGAAACCAUAUUAUCCGACUGUGUGGGAGGCAGGGGAUAGUUCUGCCUCCACAUCUGCAUGAUCCGGGUUUGCGAACAUUUGUAUAUUAUUUGAUUCAAGUUGUUUUGCUUUCAAUAAGGACACGUAGAGUUUUGGCUUAAACCAUGGAAGCAUACAUAAGACUUGGUGCUGCCAAGGAGGCAUGGCAUGUUCUUACAUUUGUGUUUUAGAGCGGCUUUGUUUGCAAAGCUGUGGGCAGCAUGAAUAAAGCAAGCGAAUAAAUUCAUGUUCAUCAU